CCGGCAUGCACCGGUAUACACCCCGUACAGACUACACUUCCCGGCAUGCCCCGCGACUACUUCCUGUGCGCUGUGUUGUGGAUUCUGAGACUGGAGACGGGAAAUAUGUGGAGACGAUGGAUCUGAUGAUGAAGGAGCCGAGCAGCCGAGUUCUUCCCAUCACCUUGAGCCAAUGAGGAGACGUGAGGCGCCCUGGUCUGAAUACAGACAUGGCUUCCUACAAGGCUCCGCCUCCUCACUCCGUUCUUCAGUUCUGCUCCAGAGUGCACAGUCGCCGUGUGAUGUCAUCGGUGAAGGGGAGGAGCCGACAUACAGUGAUCCAGGCAGACACGGUGCAUCGCUGCAGUUCCUCCGCCGGCAGCGGCGCCUCCUCACCCUUGCGCAGGAGUUUGUCUUCCAUCAGAUGCGAGUCCUGGAAUAUUGUAAGAUGGUGGAGCAGACGGCGCUCUCUGGAUUGGAGGCCACGUGUCUUAGGCUGCAGGAGCUGUGUCACGGCGGGGCGUUAUUGCAGAGGAAGGUCCAGGCCGACCAGCGGCUGCGUCCACUUUCCCCGCUGUUACACCGCUCUCUCCAGAACAUGCGCAGCACACUGCAGCUGAUGUCCGUGAAGGCGGCCAUAGUGACAGAGGAGCAUGUCCUGAGCGCAGUGCGUAGAGCAGCGCGGAUCACCGCAGAGGCUCCUGGGAGUCUUUGCCGAGCUCUGAUCAUCUACAACAAAGUCUUAAUGUAUGUGUCACCAUGGGCAACACCGUGGAAAGAGAUGUCCCCGAUGUCCAUCACUAGGUCCCUGGAGAUCAUAGCCCAGGAGCGGGGGCGCCUGAUGGUCGGACACGUCUCCUCGCACAGGCUGGAGGAGGCGAGCGGAGCGCUCUUGUCCCGUCUGGAGAGCCUAAUUCAGGAAGAUAAAGGCCUGGUGGCCCCUCUGUUGAGGGUGGUGGGCGGCCUGGAUCACGUGGUGGAGGGCCAGAGCCUGCGCAGCAGAGACAGACUCCUGUAUGCGCAGUACUGCAGCCACCUGUGGCCGGUCCUCUCCACCUAUCUCUUCCAGGCCUUGUACCCUGGCAGACACGGAGUCCAAGCGAUGCCAGGCUUGAUGCCAUGUGCUGUGGGGAAGAGGACCCCGGCCAUCAUCCAGUCACUACAGAGCAUGCUGACAUCGGACGCCGUCCCCGAGCAGUGCCGAGAAUCGGGCCGCCUCCUCUGUCAUCGCUUACUGCGCACCGCGGCCUUCAUCUCCUGGGACACAGGGAUGUGUUGGGCCUUGAGUUCGGCUCUUACAGAUAAGUGUGUGACUUCGCUGCUGGAUGACGGGGCCCGCAGGACACACAGCAGAACCGCUGAUGCCCUCGUUACAGUGUGCCAGGAGUCGUCGGUGCUGCUGCAUGCUCUGAGCUCUGCAGGCGACGUCUCUGGUCAGCAGGCCGUCCUCGGCCGUUGUGUGGCGUCCCUGCAGCUCUGUGAUUCGUGGCUGAGGAGCCGCUCUCAGGUCUACAACAGCUCCGGGUCUCUGGGUCAUCUGCUGCUGAUAAGUCAUGGAGAUCUUCCAGUGAUAAAAGACCAGAUGCGCAGUGUGAAUGCCGCUGCACAUGACGUGGAAUGGUCUCCCGUGAGCCAGCCACUGUGCGUUAAGCUACAGAACGUGGUGGAGAGCCUGGAGGGCGUGGCCUUGUGUGUGCCCCGCCUCCUGGGCGCUGUGUGCACUCAUCAUGCUCAGGAUAUUUUCCAGCACACCAUGCCGGCCGGACGUCACUGGAGAGGGAAGAGGGUGGACGGUCCUGACCUGGUUCCCAGUGAGUACGCUCGGGCUGCAGUGAAUGCAUUGCUGGUACCGCUCCUGGAUGGAGUCCGUCCUCUGUCUCUGGAAGAACAGAUGUCUGCCGUGUGCAUUAGUGUCGGGGUGUUCAUGGAAGCCUGGAUGGAACAUAUCCUUCAGGAGAGGCCAAGAUUCAGUUUGCAGGGAGCACUACAACUCAGAUGUGAUUUUGAGAGUGUCCGUGCGCUGCUGAAGUCUCCAGAGUUUGGGCUGUCUCCAGAAGUGCUCCAGGCGGUGCUGUCUCUCCCGGUUUUCCAGAAAGCAGAUAACGCCAUUGUGUGCCUCCUGCAGCAGCCAUCUCGUAAGACUUACCUGCAGACCCGCGGUUGCUCCGUCUUCUGCUGUCCUCCCCUGUGUCGCACCACCGUGGACAGCGUAUCGGAUAGUCUGCAGAGUCUGGACAGUCUGGGGCGCAGGGUGUGGAGCAAUAAUUAUCCUGCACAGCAGCCGAGGCACAGCCACGACUCCUACCUCCCCCACAACCAGCGCCAGUGGCUUUCCCUCCGUCUCCACAAGGGUUGGAAUGGGCUGGGAUGAGUUGUGGGAGCGGCGAGGCCGAGACAAUCGUACAUUAUAACUUAUUAUUUUAUAUUCAGAGCUCUAUUUUAUUAAAUAUUUCUGAU